GCCUAUAUAUACUGAGUCAUGAUCUGUGCAGGACGCACACACACAGAAUUCAACAGCUCGAAGCUCAUCCACACAGCUGCAGUGUCAGUCAUGAAGGUCCUCGUGGUGCUCGCCCUUGCAGUUUUUGCUGCAGGUUGCAAUGCCAACGUCGUGUGGCAAGGCCAGCCCAUGCAGCAGGUCGACUUGGUAAAAGAUGCUUUCUGGGAGUACGUCGCCAAGGCAACUGUGACUGCAGAGGACUCCCUGAAGCAGAUCAGACAGUCUGGGCUGGGAAAGGAAGUGAACACCCUCAUCUCUGAGAGCACCGAGGCCGUUAACAAGCUCACCAACGCUCUCCGUACUCAGGUCGCUCCUCUGACCCAGGACCUCCUGUCUAAGUUUUCCCAAGAGGCCGAGCAGCUGAAGAACCGUCUGGAGAAAGAUCUGACCACCGUGGGAAGCAGCCUGCAGCCCUACACCGAGGAGCUGGUCGCUGACCUCCAGAGGCAGUUGGAGGCGCUGAAGAAGGACGCGGCCCCCUUCGCUGAAUCCAUGGACGCCGAGGCCCUGAAGGCCGUCCUGCUGCAGAAGAGCCAGGAGCUGAAGGGGCAGGUGGAUAGGAGCAUGAGUGAGCUGCAGGCCCUGAUGGUUCCCUACACCGAGGAGAUAAGGGAGAAGAUGGAGCAGAGCCUGGAGGAGUUUCAGAGGAGCAUGAUGCAGCAAGUCCAGAGCUUUGAGACCCAGCUGAACCAGAAAACCCAGGAGAUCCAGCAAAACAUGGCUCAGAGAGGAGAGGAGCUGAGGGCCAAGCUGGACGUGGAUGCCCAGAACCUGAAGAUGCAGCUGACUGCUCUAUGGGAGUCCUUCACUAAGAUGACCCAGUAAAUGAAAUAAUGUUGGUUUUUACUCUGUUGAAUCAGGGUUGUAUUUAUGGGAAUGGAAAAAAAAUACCUCAUUUUGUAUUUUUCUGUAAAUGAAGAUGCUCUAAAAGGAAUAACGUCAGUAUUUCCUCUGAUAUGUUACUGUUUACAACUAUAAGAUUUAAUCUAUAAAACAACAAUAAAUAGGUUUAAUGUA